AUGGAGUCAGCUCCUCUCCAUCUCUGCAACGUCAAUAACCCAUCUGCCGUAGUCAACCGCUCAUAUUCUCUUCUCCACUCCAUAGCUAUAACCGGAAUAAUCUAUUACAGAUUCUCCUCCCUUCAUAAUCCCAUCUCCAUACCACACCUCCUCGUUUUCGCAUCACAGCUCUUGCUCUCUCUCCUCUGGCUACUAAACCAGGCCUAUCUAUGGAGACCUGUUUCCCGCACAACUUUCCCGGAAAAUUUCCAGGAAAACAACAAGAACCUACCGGCUAUCGGCGUGCUGGUAUGCACGGCAGAUCCCGAGAGAGAGCCACCAGUUGAGGUGAUGAACACUGUGCUGUCGGCUAUGGCAUUGGAUUACCCACCGCACAAAUUGUCUGUUUAUCUCUCGGAUGAUUGGGGCUCUGCGGUUACUCUGCAUGGUACGAGACAGGCUUGGUUAUUUGCGUGGUCUUGGUUUCCAGUUGCAACGAUGAUCAUGGCGUUGGUGAUGAUGACGAUGUUGAUCUUCAAAGAACUCAACAGUUUGAAGGAAGAAAUAGAUAACGUCAAGGUGAUGCCCGAGGAAUCUGAUAAAGCAGCAGAUAGUAUUAAGGAAGUUGAGAUGCCGCUUCUUGUUUAUGUUUCUUGCGAGAAGAGACCAACUCACUCACACCAUUUCAAAGCUGGUGCACUUAACGUUCUCCUAAGAGUUUCUGGCGUCAUAAGCAACUCGCCAUACAUAUUGGUGUUAGACUGCGACAUGUAUUGUAAUGAUCCCAAAUCUGCAUUACGAGCAAUGUGCUUCCACCUUGAUCCAAAUCUCUCUUCCUCCUUAACCUUUGUUAAGCUCCCCCAAAAAUUUCAUAACAUCAGUGCAAAUGAUAUUUAUGACAGCCAAUUGAGAAACAUAUUUGUGGUACGAUGGCCUGACAUGGAUGGACUUCAAGGACCUAUGUUGUCUGGUACUAGAUUUUAUAUGAAGAGAGAAGCUCUAUAUGCUGAUAUCUCACAGAUAGGUUUAAUAUAUUGA